GUAGUUACGUUACCCAGGUCUAGAUUUGACGUUUGGCAUUUUUGCCAAAUUGUCGUAUCUCUUUUCCUGUGUUUUCUUGUAAAUUAACGCUACGUUACUGUUAGAUAAGUAUGAAUUACAUUUUAUUGCGUAAAUAAUUUUCGUAGGGUUCUAAAAAUUGUAUCUGCGGGUUUCUUUGAAAUUUUCACCGAAGAUGACGAGUCCAGGAACAUCUUCUAAUGCAUCAAUUCAAGAAUUCAAAAUCCGAGUGCCAAAGAAUGGGAAGAAGAAGUACCAUGUGAUGCGGUUCAAUGCUACACUGAAUGUGGACUUUGCCAAAUGGACUCAUGUCAAGAUGGAGAGAGAGAACAACAUCAGAGAGUUUAAAGGAACAGAGGAGGAUAUGCCAAAAUUCGGUGCGGGCUCCGAGUACGGGCGCGACGUACGCGAGGAGGCACGACGCAAAAAGUUCGGCAUCAUCUCGCGCAAAUACAAGCCCGAAGACCAACCCUGGAUUCUCAAGGUCGGCGGUAAGACUGGCAAGAAAUUCAAAGGUACCCGCGAGGGCGGCGUAUCUGAGAACGCGGCGUUCUACGUGUUUACACACGCCGCAGAUGGCGCUAUAGAUGCUUAUCCUUUACAAGAAUGGAGAGCUAAAUUUAAUGCUGAGCAAGCCGUUAACGAAGAGUGCCGAAGCUCUAUAUUCCUAUAUUUAAAGAUCUCAGAAAUGGACGAAUGGAUAGAUUCAGACGACGACUCCUCAGAUUCUGAAGGUGGCAAUAAAGAAGAGGACAGUGACUCUGGUGCCAAGAAAAAGAAAGACAAAAAGAAAGGUAAAGCGGCUGCUAGCAAGAAAAAGAAGAAGGUGGGCGACGAGGCCUUUGAAGAGAGUGAUGAUGGUGAUGAGGAGGGACGGGAAAGAGAUUAUAUAUCGGAUUCUUCUGAUAGUGAAUCAGACCACGAGACUAAAGUUAAUAAAGAACUUAAAGGUGUCGCUGAAGAGGACGCGUUAAGGAAACUCCUUACUUCCGAUGAGGACUCUGAGGAGGAACAGGAGCAGAAGCAGGAGUCGGAACAGGAAGACGAACCCACCAAAGAGGGAGAGGAGAGAGCUAGCAAGCUCACAAAGAAGAAAAAGAAAGCCGAUGAAAACAAGAAAGAUUCGAGUAGCGAGUUCAGUUCAGAUUCCGACACGGACCCGGAAAGCAGCACGGGCGCACCCGCCAGUAAAAAAGCGAAGAAGAGUAAAGACAAACCAAAAGAAGAAAAGCCUUCCGUUGCCACCGCUAACGCAAGCGCGCCGAACAGCGCGAGCACGUCCCGGUCGGGCACGCCGACGCCGGCGUCGAAUGCCGCCAGCGCCGUGGCAGCCGCCAACGCCGCCGCCGCGCACGCCAGCAACCAUCAGGCCGCCAAGCGACCCAAGCUCGACGCCUCCUACACCGAAUGUGGCGUGACAGAAGAGGCAGUGCGUCGAUAUCUCGCACGAAAACCUAUGACGACGACAGAACUGCUCACCAAAUUUAAGUCAAAGCGCACCGGCGUCAGCAGCGAGCGGCUAGUCGAAACGAUGACGCAAAUACUCAAGCGAAUUAACCCCGUUAAGCAAAAUAUUAACGGGAAGAUGUACUUGUCUAUUAAACAGACUUAAAUAUAGCUUGACUGCCAAAAGCAUCGACCAUCUAUCAUGUGCGGAGCACGGGAGGGGUAGUGUUAAUUACCUGUUGAAAUGUGAUAAAAUUCGAGUACAGCGAUUUGAUUCUUCGUAAAAUUUUCAGUCGUUUAUAUUUUUUAAAUUAAUGUAGAUAGGAAGCGUAUGCGUUUAAUUCGUGAAGGUGGCAAUUAUUGGUAAUACAUACUUCUGGAAAAUCUGCUCCCUUCAUGCCGAACAAAGUGGCCACCAGCCAGCCUGACGUCAGAAUGCUGGCUGGUCAAUUAUACUUUUAAUUUUUCAAAAUAUAUCAAAGGUAGCAAUUAUUUAGAAAAGGGAGCAAAUAGAUAGCAAUUCUUGAAUAUACACUCAGUGCCAGAUGCGACAGGCGACCCAAAAUCCUGACGGUCACGGUCACGCGGCGUGAGCGCGAUGAAAUUCGUAUCUAAUAAAUGCGCCCUAACUCACUCAACAUAGCCCCGCACCAGGGACUAGCCAACCACAAAUGACACCCAAACUCACGAAAGAAAUAAAUGUAGGCCAUACAAAUAUUUCUCCCGGCCCGGGAAUCGAACCUGGGACCUCUACGUGGCAGUCCGACAUGGUAACCAUUCGGCCACGGAGGCAGUUAACUAAUGCGGCAGGUAACUCUGCGUUAGUAAUAUAAUUUUCUAUAAUUCUGCUACCGCGUUACUUCCAAACCGAAUAGAUUUACCCAAUUACCUUUCCGUGUUUAGCAGGCAGGGUAGUACAACGAUCGUGAUUGGUUCAUUCCGAACUCUAUUACCAAUUGACUAAGGCUGAGAAUUAUAAAACGAACUUUCGACUAAGCAAAAAUGGCGGUCUUUUAGUAUUUACAAAACGAACUUAACGAAAAACGCUUAAAUUUAGGCAAAGUUUGUUCAGACACGAUAAACUUGCUUAGCUCGCCAUGUUUGCUUAGUCGAAAUCAAAGUUCGUUUUCAAUAAAAAAAUGAUUAUUCGUGUUUCCCCCUCUCGCGUCCCGCACUUCGUACAAGGACGUAGUUUAUGGCGGUUAAUCUUCAAAUGAUUUCAUGAUGCCGAUUCUGCAACACGUCUUCACUAUAUUUAUUUGGUAGGUUUUUUAUUUAUUUUGUUUUUUCGCCGCGUACACACCGAACUAGUCAGGCCGAGCAAGAAUUCGCCAACAAACGAAAAUUUGGUGCCUUUAUUGGCUUAAAAAAAUAGACAAAAAUCAGUGGUGCAACGUGAAAACAGAAUUGAAAUUCGAGUAAUUGAACGAGACGAUUGUAGUGAUAAGUGAUGUCACAAUUUAAUGGAGCAAUAAGACGGAAAUAGUGAUAUGUGACGUCACAAUUUGACGGCGCAAUAUAAGCUACAUGCAUAAACCUUUUGACAGAGCAUUCCUCCAAUAAUACUACAUAAUAUGACACAUUUUCAGUAUGUACGUGCAAGUUGAUUAAAGCAAAGCUUUUUGUGUUAAAUACGCUAUUGGUUGACGAUUACGAUUCCUUGGUGGUAUAAAAGGAUGAAAAGGUGAUCCUUUUCAUCCUUUUAUGUCUCCUCUCUUUCGACAUAACAAAGAAUCUCAAUGUUAUUUAUGGAAUCGGGUAUUCAACACUGUACAAUCUUAUAAACUAGUUUCCUCACAGCAUAUCUUAUUUUAAAAUGUCAUUACUUGAAGGGGCUAAGGUGUUACGAGGAGGCAAUGGACUUUGUUCCUUCCGUUCUGUAGGGCUUAUAAAUAAAACCAACAUUUUUUCCAAAGUAAUUUGGCAGAAUAUUAGUGACACUCAACUUUAACUUAUAGCACAUAGAAAAAUUCAAUAUAAAUUAAGGUUCGCUAGUUCGUUCCGUGGCUUAGAUGUGGUAUUGUUUGCCGGAAAACGUUGGUUCGGAUCCAUCCUGAUCGAAGGAACUUUUUUCUUAGUGUUUGAUCUUUGUAUUAAUAAUUAUUACACUUGAUAAAUACUUAGUUUAAAUUUAAAUAAAAAUAUUACUUACAAUAGUUGUGAUACGCGGUACUAAAUUAUACGUAGUGUAGAAGAGUUGCAGCAUCGGCUUGGUCAAUGUGUUAAUGUUAUGUGAUAAUUAAGUUAUAAUUUUAGUGAAUGCAUAAAUAAAAAUGACAUUGUACAGUCAAUGCAGCAGUUUUCUUUAUUUAACAUGUGGCUGCGCACGACUGGCCAGCUAUCACCACGAUAAAGGCUGCUGCCAAUUUAGUAUGCACUUUCAAUCGCCUCCUGCGCAACCUCACGCAAACACAGUUUAUCCAAAGUCACGCAUUCUCGUACACACACAACACAAAUGCACGUCCACACACACAUUUUUAAUUUUGUUCCUUUUUUUCCUAUACAUUGACCUACUAACAAAUGUUUAAAUAAAUUUUAAAAAUUGAUCAAAUCUUCUGGAGGUGACAGGCGGUCGCCUGGGCGACAUAAAACACAGAAUAUCCCAAUUUAGGCUUCAGCCUCUACUAUCCCGUAUAAAAAAACACUAUGUAUGUAUUUGACAUUGUUUUUUACGUAUUUAAUUUAUUGAUGAGUAGUGUAUUUAUUUAUAUGCACUUUUAUUACAAGAUAUUCUUUGGUUGCACCCCCAUUCCAACUGUUAAAUUUAUAUCCUAAGGUUGCCUGGAAGAAAUUGCUACUUAGUAAUAAGGUUCGCCUAUUGUACACACGCCAGCACAUCAAGCUACACACUGACGUAUCUUGCUCCGUUGGACCGGAGGCGAACAAAAAUGUGUAGCCUGGUGUGCCAUUGUCCGUACAUUAUCUCACUCUGUGAUACUUGCGUUACGGUUCUGUAUUGUCAUUGUAAUUUUUAAUGUGUGAUAAAGAAUAUUUCAUUCAUUUAUUCAUUCACCUUCUAUUGUCACCUUCUAUUGUUGCAGUUGUGGAGGAAAUUAGGCAUUUACUUAUUAACUUGUAGCUGCUUCCGGUUUACCUAUUGUCGUGCGCGUUUAUUGAACCGUAUUUGACUGCCCAAACGAAUCAAACAAUAAGGUACACAUGCCAUGAAAAGACCCGUAAUGCAUGGAACUAUUCAAGGCUGUAAAUAGUGUAGUUAGAGAGACCAUGCCAAAGGUUGGACCAUACUUGGUUACAACUGCAUGAAACCACAGUGUUUUAGAGUGGAAUUGCCUGUAAUGUGUCGAAGCAAUGUGACUUCUUUAGUAGGUCACUGGAUUGCAUAUUGAAGGAAAUGUUGAGUAGGCAUAAGAUUCUUUAUAUUGUAAUUGAAUUAUUAAUUCUAUUUGCACUAUGUACGAAUAAACACACUAUCUAAAAUUGUUCCUGUUUCACUAUACGUCGCUAAUCAGAUGACAUCCCAACUACCUCACUGCACAACCAACCUAAUAUGAGAGCCUAUUCGUAUGUGCGAAUGGCUAUGGAGUGGAAUACGCCGCCUGCAGACUUAUUCCUUGAA